AUGUACUCUUUGAUAAGCAUUCUCGUCUAUUCAUUUGAAUACAAGCUCUUUUAUCUCCUAUUACCUUUGAUUGUCAAAUAUCUGGCAUACUUUCUUUUGUGUUCUGGUUUCGGCAACAUCAAAAAGGGGAAAAUUGUUGAGAAAAGAAAGAUAUGUUUAAACCCUUAUGUUUUGAUGAUACCAAAACUACCCAAAGAUGAGAGUUUCACAUCAGAAACAGCCAUGCAUCCUCUUCCUGCCUUUCUCAUCAUCAUCACUGCUUUACAAUUCCUUGUAUUUUUGGUGUCUUCAUCUUUUGCAGGAACAGCUUACGCUCACAAUCUCAGUCGUAGCAGUUUCCCGCCUGCUUUCAUAUUCGGAGCUGCCUCCGCUGCCUAUCAAUAUGAAGGCGCUGCAUUUGAAGAUGGGAAAGGACCAAGUAUAUGGGACACUUAUAGCCACAAAUAUCCAGGAAAAAUAGCUGACAGGAGCAACGGUGACGUGGCCAACGACUUCUAUAAUCAAUAUAAGGACGAUGUGAAGACUUUGAAGAAUAUCGGAGUGGAUACUUUUAGAAUGUCUAUUUCUUGGCCACGAAUAUUACCUCGUGGGAAGCUAAGCGCGGGAGUUAACAAAAAAGGGGUUACCUUCUACAACAAUGUAUUCAAUGAACUGCUUGCAAGAGGUAUAAUUCCAUUUGUGACAAUAUUCCAUUGGGAUGUUCCUCAAGCACUAGAGGAUGAGUAUGAAGGGUUUCUAAGUCCUCUAAUUAUUGAUGAUUUCAAAGACUUUGCGGAGUUAUGUUUCAAAGAAUUUGGUGAUCGAAUUAAGAAUUGGAUUACAUUUAAUGAACCAUGGACUUUCAUUAACGGUGGCUAUGUUGGAGAUAUUCUUGGAAGCCUAGCACCAGGAAGAUGCUCCGAUAGAGCCAAAUGCGCACAAGGAAAUUCAGCAACUGAGCCUUACAUUGCUGCACAUAAUCUACUUCUUGCUCAUGCACAAUCUGUCAAGCUAUACAAACAAAAAUAUCAGGGAGAUCAAAAGGGAAAAAUAGGGAUAACUUUAGUGUCAGAUUGGAUUAUACCAUAUUCAAAAAGCAGGCUUGAUGCUGAAGCAACACAACGAGCACUUGACUUCACUUAUGGGUGGUUUAUAGAUCCUAUAGUUUAUGGGGAUUAUCCAAAGAUAAUGAGAAGUAUUGUGGGAAACCGAUUGCCAAAAUUUAGUGAGGAGCAGAAGGCAUUAUUGAAGGGAUCUUUUGACUUUUUGGGAUUGAACUAUUAUACUUCAGAUUAUGUAGUUCAUGAGUCAUCUCGCAGUGGAAAUAUCAGCUAUACAUCGGAUAUGAUGGCUCGCUUUACAAGAUUGAUUGAACUUGAUAAAAUAAGGCCUAAAAGAUCAAGUCUAAAAAACCCUCUAGUCGAUGGGACUUUGGGGCUAAAAAAAGCUUGA